UGUCGGUUGCAAUUCAAGCAUUUUAACUUUACUAUACUCGUUCGAUAGUAAAUUCAUUAGAAUGCCGAGAAAUAAUAUCAAAUGCCUGUUCAUCGGAUUCCUCAGGAUGUUCAAGUGCACGGGAACCAGCCGGAAUAGGGCCAUUGAUAAAUCUGAUCUAAUCGACCAAUCACCGACCAUGAAAGGGGAGCACGAAGAGUCCCCAUCAGGCUCUCCCAUCAGCAAAAAGAGCAGCCUCAACGAUGGCCUCGUCAUCAUCCCCACUAACGUGAGGUGCUUGGUCAAAAACCCCCUAGCAGACCACAGAAGAACCGGAUCCACAGGCACCACAGGCGACGAAUCCUACACCACCGACGACGACGAUGACGUCGACGAGCCGGACAUCACCAUCAAAGACCACGUCACCAGAGGCCUCUACGACAUAUCCACCAUCGCCGACAAGGUGACCAUCGACAGGAACAGCUCCGACAGCUCGAUGUUCAGCGACAAAUUCGUCGAGGAGCUCGACAAGGACCGCGACAGCGACGCCAAGAGCGCCUCGGGCAGCGAAUGGAGCUCGACCGGCGUCGUCCAGGUCGGGGAGCAAUCGUAUCUGCGGUUGCAGAACGAGCUCAGAGAGGCGAACCAGGAGUUGCGGUUGCGCGACGUCGAAUUGAACCGGCUCAAUAGGUUGCAGAGGAACGUCGAGGCCGAGCUGGAGGAUCUCACGGCCAGCUUGUUCCAGGAGGCGCACAACAUGGUCCGAGAGGCCAACGAGAAACAGGCGGCGGCCGAGAAGGCGCUGAAGGAGUCCCAGAUGAAGGUGGAAGUUUUGAGCGCCGAGGUGGCGGCUUUGAAGACGCUCGUCUUGACGUCGACGCCGAGUUCUCCCAAUCCCCAUUUGCAUCCCCAAAUCGGCAACGGAAAGGACGAAUCGGGUGCAAAAAAACACCACAGGCGCUCCCCUUCGGAUUUCAAUCUCAAAUACGGCAGGGAAUCCCCUCCUGCGGAGUCCCCCGUCAAAAACUCCUUCUGCUUAGCCUCCAACAUCGAAUGCAAAGACGGUUUAGAGGUCGACCCAGUGGUACACAAAGAGUUCCUGUCGUGGCGAGAGAAACCGGUGUUGGAGAAGAGCGAUCCGUUCGUGAGGCGCUCCUACGAGGAGGAUAUCGAUUUGUGUUUGGAUUUCAAUAACGCGGAAUUGGGGGGACUGGUCAAGAAAGCCGUCGAGGCCGGAACGAUUCUGAUAGAGUUCAUCGGCGACAAGGGCAAGGCUACCUUUCCCAAAAUGUGCGCGCUAUUGGAUGUUCCAAGGUUGUGCUUUUAUCGAAUGAAUAUCGGAGAAAACGACGACUGGUACCACAUAUCACAAAUAUGCCGAAAUAGGAUAAUUGCCGUCUGUGAUUUUUUGAAUUACCUCAAAUACAUUGAAGGAGGAUUAGUUAAAAGUUCUUCUCAUGACGUUUAUUGGGAGAUCGUUCGAUUGAGACGAAACAUGUGCCUAGCCAGGCUGGGCUUCGCCCUUUCGUAACUCCAUAUCGCCCGAUGCUCGAAACGUGCCAAAUUAUUAUUUAUUAAGGCGUUUUACUUUUAAUCCAGAUCUGAUCCAAAGAUUAAAUAUUAAACGAGAUGCUCUCCCCCCUUCUACUAUAUUAAUCUUUUGUUAGUUUUUACGUGCAAUUUUAAAACGAAAAAUUAUACACUGUAUAUGUACGAAUAAAUUUUUUUAUAUAUAAUAUAAC